GUACGGGUUAACGAGUACUCAUUACCCGUACGAAACUGAUAACGGGUACCCACGAGUAAUCCAUAGAUGAAAAUGAUUGCUAUUGGAGAGCUGUGGGCUAAGAUCGGUAGGGAUGAAUUCGACUUCUUGGAGCUGAAUAAGCCCAAGAACCGUACUGAGUCGCGCCCCAACUCGGCUGCGGUGAGUGAGUCUGAGUUUCUGAAUCGUGGUCGGGUCGUGGAGGUUCCUUGCGGGCUCACGAUUGGUUCCCACAUCACGGUGGUUGGGAAGCGGAGGGCAGCUCAUGCAGAGGCUGAGUCCAAUAUAUCUUUGAUUAAAGAUGGCGGGUCGUCGGUUAUGGUGUCCCAGUUUAUGAUCGAGUUGCAGGGUUUGAAGUGACAAGGAUACUUCUUAAGUACUUUAAUAAAUUUUAUUAUUUUUC